AAUAUAUUCAAAUUCAUUGUAUAAAAUUAAUUUUUAUCUUUGUUAACAGAUAUCAACAAAUGCCCCCAUUAGCAAGUUUUCUUUCUACAAUAUUUUCAGACUAUAGUCGUUUUUUCUAUUUUGCUCAGUCCUCAUACUCUAUAUGUGGCCCAUAAAAGGCCUAUCCAGUGCUGAAAUCCUGACCCUGAGCUUUUAACCACAUAAAUUUACUUCACCUAUGCGGUUCUCACGCCUUCUCAACUCACUCUUCCUCCUUCGCAAACACACCGUCACUUCUCCAUUAACCCGACUUUUCUCCCUCUUCCAAAACCACGCCAUGUCUACAACCACCGAACAAAUAGCCCCAUCAACCACUCGAGUCGGCUGGAUCGGAACCGGAGUUAUGGGUCGAUCCAUGUGCGCCCACAUCCUCAAAGCUGGCUACAAACUCACUGUCUUCAAUCGAACCAUCUCUAAAGCCCAAUCUCUAAUCGACCAAGGAGCCCACCUUGCUAACUCCCCUGCCGAAGUCGCUUCCGAAUCCGACGUCGUUUUCACCAUCGUCGGGUUCCCAUCUGAUGUUAAGUCCGUCACCGACGGUGUACUCUCUCUCCUACGACCAGGAGGAAUACUCGUGGACAUGACCACAUCUGAUCCCACCCUUGCCGUCGAAAUCGAAACUGCCGCCGCUGCUAAAUCAUGCUCCGCCGUUGAUGCCCCCGUAUCUGGUGGAGACCGUGGAGCCCGCAACGCGGCGCUGUCAAUCUUUGCAGGUGGAGACCACGCGGUGGUAACCUCGCUAUCACCUCUUUUGUCUCUAUUGGGGAAAACUUACUACAUGGGUGGGCCCGGGAAAGGUCAAUACGCUAAAUUGGCGAACCAAAUCACCAUUGCCUCAACAAUGGUGGGAUUAGUGGAAGGUAUGAUUUACGCACAUAAGGCGAAAUUGGAUUUAUCAUUGUUUUUGGAGGCGAUAUCGAAAGGAGCAGCUGGAUCAAAGAGUUUAGAAUUGUAUGGAGAGAGGAUAUUGAAGAGGGAUUUAGAAGCAGGGUUUUAUGUGGAUCAUUUUGUAAAGGAUUUAGGGAUUUGUUUGAAAGAGUGUGAAAAAAUGGGGAUAUGUUUACCUGGGUUAGGAUUAGCUCAUCAAUUGUAUCUAUCUUUGAAGGCACAUGGGGAAGGAGGUUUAGGUACUCAAGCACUUGUUUUGGCACUUGAGAGGCUUAAUAAUCUAUCUUUAGGCUUGGAUUCAUCUUCUUAGUUGUUUUUCAAUGUAUUUUCAUUUGUGAAUUACUGAAGUGUGAGUGAUAAAUUAAGGGCUUUACUAUUGUUCACCAUAUAUUUUGAUGGUGUUCUCACUCUUCAAAUCGAAUUUCUUUUUGUAAA